GCGCAUUUUCCAGUUUCCGUACCCGACCCUGGUGGCUAUCCCAGAUGCUCAUUGCAAAUACCCAAAUCACACUUUCUCCCAAUAAAUUCUUGUCGUACUACUUUAGUAUACCACCAAAACAACCACGAAUAAAAAAAUGUCCCCAACCCAACUCCAUCAAUUCACCUACCCCUCCCCACCAUCCCCCACACCAGACCCCCCGCCGCCCUCGCCCACCUUUGAGGACUGGUGGUCCACCCAGGUGAAGCAGCACCCCUUCCUGUCCCCGACCUUUGACCCCUGGCGCGCCACCGUCCCCGUCCUCCGCCGCUCGCUGGUCGCGCUGGGCUUCCCCAUGACGCCCGGCGCCCGCAAGCCCGCCCUGGUCCGCGCCUUUGAGCACAACGCCCCGCUCCUCGUCCCGCAGUUUGAAGCCAACCUCAAGGCCUGCUUCCCGCCCUCGCCGCCGCAGGCCCUGCGGCCGCGGGGGGUCAAGCGUGCUAGAGGAGCGCGCGACGCCGACGAGGCCGAGAGGCGGGGGGAGGGGGACGAGACGAAGAGGCGAGAGGACGACGACGAGGCGGCGAGAGCGCGGCUGCAGCUCAAGAGGCAGAAGCUGGCGGCGCUGGACCGCGACGAGCUGGACGAUUUGGUCCAGUUUCGCGACGACAUGCGCACGGCCGAGAGGCGGCUCGAGGCGAGCAUGGGCGAGUUUGAGAGCGUCAGGUGGAAGGUGCAGCGGCUGCUGGGGGAGUUGAACAAGGGCUUGGCUGCGCUGGACGACGCGAGGGCCAAGUGUGCCGAGUGGAGGGAGAGCAUGACGGAUGAUUUGCGCCUGUGGCUUUCGAUGCAGUGACGGAUGUAUGGUGUUGGUUGUUGUUCUCUAGAUCUAGACUGGACCUAAUUUUCCCAUUUUGGCAGGAAAAUUCGUGUAUCAAUACUGUAAAACUGUUUUCGCAAUACAGUCCUGACAAAGGAAGAGUGUUUGCGAUGGAAUUUCCAUCUUCAGAUCCGCCUGAACAAAACAAAGGAAACUCGUUGCCAAGG